AUGGCCGAUCGACUGACAAUCGCAAUUGCCGGUGCAUCUGGCAACCUGGGCAAAAAGCUCACGAGAGCCUUUUUCUUGCCUGCCUUCAAAUCUCGAUUCCAGGAUAUCAUUCUUCUAUCCCGGACAGAAUCACCAAAACUUCAAGAGUUUACUGCCCAGGGAGCCAAAAUUCGGAUCUACAACAAGGACUCUCUUGCUGAAACUCUCAGUGGGGUCGAUGUGCUCAUUAACGCAAUCGGGCCGGAAGGACAUGCAUUCAAGGAGACGCUCCUCCGUGGUCUGCCGGCAACAUCAGUGAAGCUAUAUAUUCCGUCCGAAUUUGGCGUCGAUCAUUACGUCCAUGAUUUUCCCCAUGUCGAGUGGGAUGCGAAGAAACACCAUAUGGACCUAGCCAGCAAACUCCUUGGACAGUCGGACACGAAGAUCUGUAAGGUCUUUGCUGGUUUGUUUCUGGAAGACUCCAUCGGCCCUUGGUUUGGCUUCAACACGGCGAAAGGCCAUUACGAAGCUGUGGGCGACUCUUCGCGGCGGAUAUCAUUUACUAGCAUGGAGGAUGUCGGACGGGCAGUCGCAACGUUGGUCAGUUCAUCCAUCGAUGCUGUACCAGAGCAGAUCCACCUCAGUGGUGACAGCAAAAGCGUGGAGGAAAUUGCGCAAAUCAUGCAGGAGAAUGGAUCGGGGAGUAUCAAAGUAUCCUGCAUUGACCUAGAGGAAUACAAAAGUAAAAUCCUUGCUAGGCCAUCUGGAACACCAGAAAGAUAUUUGCGAUUUUUGAUGGGAGAGGGAAAGAUUGACCAUACUCAGGAUGGAAUUGGGAAUGGAAACGAUAUCGUCAACGCCAACGAAACCAACUGGAAGUGGAAAUCAAUGCAGGAUCUGGCACAUGAGACUGGAGGAAGGCCGUGGGCUGAUUUCAAAUGGGAGCCCACUGUUUAG